UUUUGACUACUUUAAGUUAUGCAAUUGAAUAACUGUAAAAAAGUUGGUAAAAAAAUCCCACAAGAAAGUAUAUAUAGCUUGGGAAGGCAGGGAGUUGAGUUCAUAACAUGGCCCUUUUUCUUUCUUUCUGCUGAGACUCUUCUUCUUCCAAGACAAUGCUUCUUUUGUUCUUCGUUCUGACAAUGGUAGCUCCCAGCGCACCCACACCCACGACGCCAACGCAAGAAAUGAACAACAUCGUGGACGCCCUGAUAGGCGCGGGGGACUUGAGCGCGUGGGUCUCCAUCCUCUCCUCCGCGAACGCCACUGGUCUCCCGGUGAGCGCGACCCUCUUCGUCCCUCGCGACGGAACCGGCAACCGUCCCCCGCCGGACCCCUUCCUCCUCCCCUACCACGUGGUCCCCCAGCGGCUCCUCUUCUCCGACCUCCUCCUCCUCCCCCGGCUGGCCCGCCUCCCCACUCUCCUCGGCGCCAAGUCCAUCUCCGUCACCGACAACUCCCCCGGCAACUUCUCCCUGGACGGCAUCCCCCUCACCCACCCCGACCUCUACUCCACCCCCUCCCUCGCCGUCCACGCCCUCCAAACCUUCCUAAACUACGAUCUCUUCGGCGAUGGCCUCCCCCCGCCGCCUCCGCCUGUUGCCUACGCCAUCUCCACCCACUCGAACCAGGCUGCGCCCUCCUUUUGCUCCCGCCCCGACGACACUGUCUUGCUGCUCUUCUUCUAUUUUCUUCUUCUGGUGCUGCUCUGAUAAGACAAGAAUUAUCAAACCUCACUUUCUUUAAAGUCUUGGUUUAAUUCUCAUUUUGGAAUAGAAUAGAGCUCUUCUGUUUGUCAGCCAAUUGGUUUGUAUGUACUUCUGUAUCACUAUUCAUGCUUCCACUACUUUCUUUCUAAUGUAUAUACCAGGAUUAUGCACUCAUUUUUCUUUCUUUUCUUUUUCUUUCCCACUUUGAACAUUCAAAUUACUUCUUGUUCUUAGUUUCAUUAUUUCAUCACAAAAUAUAUCACAUAAUUCAUCUUUAAUACGAAAGCAACUAUUUUUAGUGUCUGA